UAUCCCCUUCUCUCUCUCCCUCACUCUUUCUCUUUCUCAUUUCCCUCAGCUCCCCCAUAUCCCUGAAGCCCAGCAGGGGUUCUGUGUGUUAGUUUGGAUGAGUUUGCAGUUUGCAGUCAUGAGCAAGGCAGGAAUACACCGUGGCUUCCUGAAGAAAUAUGGUGGCUUCAUGUUCAAGCAAUGGAGGGAGAAGUUCAUGGUGCUGACCCUAGAGGGCAGCCUGUGCGUCUGUCGCGAUGCGGAGACCCCUCCCGACCAGGUGGUGGCGCUUCUGUCCAACUGUGAAUCCAUCGCGGAGGGCCGAGAGAUCCUGGACCUGCCCAGGCUGCCAGCAGGGGGCAGGAGAGACUGCUGCUUCGCCCUCAUACUGCCGCAGAACAAGUAUCUGCUGCUACUGGCCGACAACCCUGAAGACUGCAGUCUGUGGUUGAAGCUGCUGAGGAAAGUGAGAGAGGGCAUGGCUUCACCUUUGACCCUUCAGAGGCAGCGCAGCAUCGCUCCCUGCAUCACCGACAGAGAUCCUCUCCCGGACACGCCCAGAAGCGAACCCGGGUCUCCGCGCACCGGAGAGAUGACCCCCCCACCCUCACGCUUGGCCAAUCGAGGCGGGUCCUUCAGAGACAGGGAUCAGACCACAGGAGCCUCCACGCACCGACGGUCGUUGCGCAGCGUGUCGGCCGCGCCGCCCCACCGCGUGUCUGACUGCCUUCGCCACGGCAACAGCAGCGACGCCCGGGCCGUGCGGGCCGUGUGCCUCCUGAUGGGCGGGGCUGCGGCCUCCUCGGCGCUGGGCUACCUGAACACCUGCACCCCAACCUCGCCCCUGGCCACCCGGGCCCCUGCGAUGGUGCAAGUCUCCGGGGGCUUCGCCGAUCUCCCCGGCGGCGGCAGCCCCUUCCACGGCUGCAGCCAGGACGUGGACUCGCCGCACUUCAACAGCUUCGACUUCGAGGCCGACGCGGAUUUCGACACAUUCGACUGCGGGGGCUUUGCCUUUUGAUCCGGAGGGAAACCUAAAUAACGCACACACACGCGUGCAAAAAAAUACGACGACAGCGAAGAAGAACAGAAAUGUUUGCGCACAAAAGAAAACGCUCGCGUGAUCACAAGCUGUGCACCGUGCACAUGUUCGUUUAACUGAGGUUAAUUAAUUAUGCGUUAUCUCCACUAAUAAUUUAUUCAUUAAUCAGUUGUCGUGCACAGCGACGAGGUCAAUGAUUUAUGAUCUUGGCUGGGUCCGAAUGUUUUUAGUGGGACACGCACUCUCUUUUCUGGAUCACCAGGAGCGGCCACAGAUCAUAAAACCUGGCUGGCUACAUUUGAUGGUCCAUUCAACAGAGAGAGUUUUUGGCAUCGCUGCACAGUGCAAUCUUGCAUACAUGUGAUCAUCGUGCUGGUCUAUGUAGGCUAGAUUGCCUUUGUGCUCAGUGGGAUGAGAUCAGAUAUGGAGUUGGGGUUGGAGAGGGCCCAAGGGGUCAAAGAUCAGUGGGAAAUUACUAUAUAUACCUAUAGAUAUAUAUGGAGUAAACAUUUGAUGUUGUUCAAUAUUCUUUCUGAUGUGCAGAAUCCAGAAAUGAGUACAGCUCUCUCAAGCACAUAUAUCAAUUAUAUUAGUGUAUAUAUCUGAUCUCAUCCCACUGAGCACAAAGGCAAUCUAGCCUACAUAGACCAGCACGAUGAUCACAUGUAUCUUUUGUCUGGUGCACAGUAUGCACUAGUCUGUGAUGUGUCUGUGUGUGCAUGCAUAAUGUGUGUGCAUGUGAGUGCAUUUGCGUGUGUGUAGAUAUUUACCAAGUUUAUAUUAGUGUGGUAUUCAAUACUUUGUCUGGGGUGCAGUGUGCCCUAUACUCUGCAUGUGUGUGCGUGUGAGUGCAUGCGUGCAUAUGUGUGUGGGUGUGUGUAGCUUUUUACCCAGUCACAAUUGGCCCCCAUUGCUUGGCGGUUGACCUGUUUCAUUUAAUGUCGCGCCUCCCCACCUCACAAACCAGGUCUAAGUUCACAUGGUAAAGUCCUAAAACCGGUAGUCACCAUGACUGUGCUGUCUACCUGCUGCAGUGGCACAGUGGGACAGCAUGACAGUAUUACAUGCAGUAGCACACUAAACGCAAUAGUAUAUUCAGGAGUAGAGUUGUGCACAGACUAACAUUAGUAAACAAUGUAAUACCCAGUGGCAAUAGCAACCCUUAUUGUAAGUGGAUUUGGAUAAAAGCGUCUGCUAAAUGUAAAUGUAAACCUAACACAAUAGUUCACUCAGUAGUAUAGUGUGCAGACUAAAAUUAGUAAACCAUGUAAUGCACAGUGGCAAUCGUAAACCUAACACAGUAGUACACUCAGAAGUAGAGUAGUGAGUGGAUUAACAUUAGCACAUAUGUAGGCAGUCACAAUAGUACACUGAACACAGAUUCGUUACCAUGACUGCUCCCUUCCUUCUGCGGUCGCACAGUGGGAUGGUAUACAAGCAGUAGUUCACUAAACGCAGUACACUCAGCCGUAGAGCAUAGUGUACAUACUGACAUUUGGUAACAGAGUAUUACACAGUACUACGUGGACGCUUUGGUACACACUGUCGCAGCAGUACACGUAGUUCAUACAGUAAUUUUAGAAAAAAGUUGUAUUUAUUGCGUGUGUGGGUGCUUGGCUUUGUGUGUUUAUGAGGGAAAAUUAUGAAUGAUGACUUUGGCAUGUGAUGCCCACAAAAAUGCCCCAAAAGAGCCUCAUCUCAUAAUCCACCCAUCCACCUCUAUCCUCCUUCUCUAAAACCUAAAUUAAUCUAAAUUAUGAGUGUGACAAGUGUUCUCAUUUGUUUUCAUAAUUGUAAUGUUAUGCCCUUCAUUUGUUCGUUAUAAUGAAUUUGUUCAUUGAAAUUAUGUUAGAUAAAUAAAGGUAAUUUAAUAAAGGCAAGCUAUUUAUUGUGAAUAAAAGAAGAUUGUUGAUGAAAAAAAG